AUGGAGGACAGACAUCAGUUUCCAGAGCAGACUCAGGUGAGAUAUGGAGGACAGACAUCAGUUUCCAGAGCAGACUCAGCACAGAUUCAGAGCUCACUGGACAUCCAGGACCAGGGACAGCACUCAGGACCUGACCAAAAUAAGACGUUACUGGAGCAGCAAUGCAGGAUUGGUGUUUUGCUGAUGGGAUCUCUGUGCAGUUACACCUGA